AUGUUGUUGGAAUUGGCCUGGCUGGUGCUCCUCGCACUGCGUGGAUGUCGAGUGGCUGCCACUCGAAAUUUGAUUUCGUUAAGCGAAGAUACAUGGACUGACAUACUGCAUGGUGAAUGGAUGGUUGAAUUCCAUGCUCCGUGGUGCCCAGCCUGCAAAGACUUACAGAAAGCAUGGCACUCAUUCGCCGAUUGGAGCCGUGAUCUCAAUAUCAAUGUUGCUGAAGUUGAUGUUACUCGGAAUCCAGGAUUGUCUGGUCGUUUUCUUGUUACUGCACUUCCCACCAUCUACCAUGUCAAGGAUGGCGUGUUUCGUCAAUAUUCAGGACCUCGCGAUAAAAACGAUUUUAUCAGCUACAUCGAAGAAAGGAAAUGGACAUUUUAUGAUCCAGUUCCGAGCUACAAGCAUCCCAAUUCACCCCAGAUGACGGUGGUGGCAUGGUUCUUUAAGCUGUCGAUGUUUGUGCGUGAUAAACAUAAUUAUUUCGUUGAAGAAGGUGUGUUCUUUUGUUUUUGCCAUAAUUUGUUAACGCGGAUGCGUUGGCGUCAAAUAUUUUCACAUUCGAAGCUCGGUGUCGUUGGAGGUUCCUUACGUCCAGCCCCUGGUCCACAUAACAGCCCACAGAAUUCGAACAUCGCGAUGGUCGCACACAGAAUCGUUUUGGUUAUUUUAUGCGAGUAG